AUGGGACUUGGAACCGUCGAUGACUGGCACUGGGUAGCUAAAACAAUUUCUUCUCAAGUCAAGCGUGCUACAGCUGCACGUAUCACCACGCCCAAGGAUGAGAUGGCAUUGCUGGCUGCGUCCAAGGAUAAAAUGUCCGUCUCCCUAAGCAGAGGUCACAAGGACAACGGACGAGGGUGUGGGACAGGGGUGGCUUGUUAA